AUGAAACCAUUUGAAAGUAAAAAGUCUGCUGUUCAAAUCAUAGCUUUUGCUUGCAUCUAUUGUGAUUUUGGAAUCGACAGCAGCUUCUAUAAUGGACGGCUCAUAAGUCAGAGACCCAUUGACGAUAAUUAUAGGCUCAUGCACAGCACUUUUAAAGUCCUUCACAGUCCAUUGCAUUCUUGCCGCAAAGUCGUUCUGAUAGGCAGCUCUCCAGCGCCAAAUUGUAGCUUGGUUACUUACAUGUGUCUCGUUAUCUUUUCCCAAAGCAUAGUCGAUGGCAUCAGAAUAAUGUCUAGAUCUUCCAGUAUUGUCCACCAAAACAUAGCGACCACCCCAGCCUCCAUAAUUGGGACUAUCUGGAUAGUUGAGGCCAUUUGGAAGAACAAAAAGUGUGGAAGGUGUGUCACCCUCCAUGAUGAACAUUGGUUCCGGAUACACUUUUCCAAGAGGUCCCACACUCAUGAUAUUGGAUUUAAGCCACUCUUUGGAUACCAAGUCGCUGUCUGGUCCACCUUUAUCAAAAAAGUUGUACUGUUCGCCAGAAAUCCCCACCCAUGUUGA